AUUAUUUAUCAAAAAAUAGCUAGUAUUUACGGGUUUCGAUGAACGCCGUGAUUGCGCUCUGCCACUUCUGCGAGGCACACGGCCCCUGCGCCAUUUUCUGCACCCAGACGCUGCGGGAUACCAAGAUUGAGGACCUGCCACUCGAGCAGCAUCAACAACAGCAAUCGCAGAAGACAUGCUCCGCCUGCAAUUACUCCAUGGGACGUAACAACAGUGGGAUAUACAGUAAGGACACGGAGAGUGGAGCCACUUUUGUGAGCACGAGGGUGGCCGUCCUGACUGAAGUGGCCACCAUGGUGAAGCAGGCAGCAGUGCUGAGCCUCAGCAAUGGGAUAGACUCAAACAAGGAUGGAGAGUUUGUGUUCUUUGGUGACUCGACGCGAGGCCACAUCCUCAGCCACAAGUUCCGUGUGAGCGAUCUGCAAGCACGGGGAUACUUCCAGCUCUACUCGAUUAUAGUCCUGAUGAAGGACAAGUACUUUCUGCUGAACACAAAGCCGUUUCUGGCCGAGCACCUCAAGAAGGUUUCGUCCGAGCUGCAGGCGGGAGCAAACAAAACCAAGGAGACCGAGGAGCGACGUCAGAGCGAGCGACAGAGACGUCUUUCUGGAGCACCGUUUCUGAUGCAUUCUUCGCGCUCCCUGCUGGAGUUAACGGGCGAGGAGAACAUAUUUGCUCAGCUGCAUUCACACUUUUCCUGGCUCCUGCUGGCCGGCUCGCGCUUCCUCACCGAGCACGUAACUUUCGGAAAUCUGCCUUGGCUGCCACAUCAAAGCAGCGGUCGCCCGCCCGCCCAGCGCCUCACCUAUAACAGCUCCACCCUGCCCAUGAUACAGAAAUACGAGGAGAGCAUUGACGACCCCGACCAGGAGGAAUUUUUCUCGCUGCGCCACAUCAAGAACGUGGUCCGCAAGGAAGAGUUCGCGACAGUUUGCUACUGCGCUCUGACGGGCGUGAAAAUCAUAGUCCGCGGCGCACCCGAGCGCACCUUCCGCUUUAUGGUGUGCUUGAAGAAGCUCCUCCCAGAGCCCAUGCAUAAUCUUAUGCGCAUCGAUGCCCAGCACCAGCACUCAAUCAGCUCCGAGUACAAGAUUAUAUCGGUGUCCAACGACAUUGCCGUGCCCAUAGCCAGCGCUUCUGUGUUUCGCAUUGAUUUUCUGGACAAACAUGUGAACGGACACGAAGUUUCCGUCAAGUGGCCGGGAGAGUUGCCCAGAAAACUGCCAGAUCUCAUGGUUAAGCUGCUGAAGGCGGUGGAGGAGAAGAUCUUCACAGAGCUGGUGCUCAACAAACAGACAAAGGUUCUCAUCGAGGAGUGGAAAAACAAAGCAACCUGCCUGAAUCACGCCAAGUCCACCAGUGUGCAGGCCAAACUGAAGAAGGUGUUGGGUGUCCAACCGCAGGACCAGCCACUGAUAAACUAUUGGAGCACUCACUUGCACUAGGAGCAGGACUAUUACUUGUACAUAGCUUGAGAAUAUUAGUUUCACUUUUUGGAAUAAAAAUUCUUUAUUGCCGCAACGA